AUGACAAGAACAAGGUCGUCGUUGUGUAGUAACGAAUGGGCUUACGAUGUUUUUCUGAGUUUUCGAGGCGAGGACACGCGGAGGGGUUUUACCGGAAACCUUUACAAGGCGUUGUGCGCGAAAGGAAUCAACACGUUCAUAGACGAUGAGGGGCUGAAGAAAGGGGAGGAGAUAACAGGAGGUUUGAUGGAAGCGAUAGAGAAGUCUAGGAUUGCAAUUGUGGUGUUUUCAAAGAAGUAUGCAUCGUCGAGGUUUUGUCUGGAAGAACUUGUGAAGAUCAUGGAGUGCUUGACAGAGAAGGGGAGGUUGGUUUGGCCAGUUUUCUAUGAAGUGGAUCCGUGUGAUGUGCGGCAGCAGAAAGGAAGCUACGGAGAAGCAUUGGCGAAACAUGAAAGAAGAAUGAGUGGGACGCUGGAGACGGAGAAGGUCAAAAGCUGGAGACUUGCUCUGCAGAAAGCAGCAGAUCUAUCUGGGAUUUAUGGAAUCGGUGGGAUUGGGAAGACAACACUUGCAUGUGCAGUAUACAAUUUAAUUGCUGACCAAUUUGAGGGUCUUUGUUUUCUUGGUGAUAUUAGAAAAAAUUCUAUGAAGCAUGGGUUGGUUCAACUUCAGGAGACGCUUCUUUCUGAUUUAGUAGGAGAGAAAGACAUCAAGUUGGGGAAUGUAAAUAAGGGAAUUCCCAUUGUUAAAAGGAGGCUGUUUAAGAAGAAAAUUCUGUUGAUUUUGGAUGAUGUUGAUGAAUUGGAGCAAAUAAAAGCACUUGCUGGUGGGCUUGAUUGGUUUGGUUAUGGCAGCAAAAUUAUCAUAACAACAAGAGAUAAGCAUUUGCUAUGUGUUUGUGGUGUUGAAACAACAUAUGAAGUUGAAGGAUUGAAUCAUAAAGACGCCUUUGAAUUGUUUAGUUGGAAUGCUUUCAAAAGAAAACAAGUUAAGCCUACAUAUCUGGACAUUUCAAAGAGAGCAAUACUUUAUUCUGAUGGCCUUCCAUUGUCUUUGGAAAUAAUAGGUUCUGACUUGUAUGGCAAAACAAAGUUGCAAUGGGAAUCAGCAUUAGACUCUUACGAAAAAGUUCCUCAUAAAAACAUCCUUGACAUCUUGAGAGUAAGUUAUGAUAGCUUAAAGGAAUUUGAAAAGGAAAUUUUUCUAGACAUGGCUUGCUUCUUUAAGGACUACUACCUUAGUGAUGUGAUAAACAUAUUGUGUAGUGGUCGUGACUCUUCCCCUGAGUAUGGAAUCCAGGUGUUGAUUGAUAAAUCUCUCAUAAAAAUUGAUCAACAUCGUGUGAGAAUGCAUGAUUUGAUUGAGGAUAUGGGUAGAGAAAUUGUACGGCUGGAAUCACCUUCGAAGCCAGGUCAACGUAGUAGAUUAUGGUUUGCCAAAGAUAUUCUUCAUGUUUUCAAAGAGAACAAGGGGUCUGAUAAAAUUGAGAUCAUCAUGCUACAUCUGUUCAAAGAUAAACAAGUACAAUGGGAGGGAAAUGCGUUGAAAAAGAUGGAAAACCUCAAAAUACUGAUCAUAGAAAGUGGUCGCUUUUCUGUUGGACCAAAUUACCUCCCAAAGUGUUUAAGGGUGCUAAAAUGGCGUGAAUAUCCUGAACCAUUGUUGCCAUCUAAUUUUGAUCCAAAGAAGCUUGUCAUACUUGACUUGCCCAUGAGUUCCAUCAUGUUAGACAAUCAUGUCAUCAUGAAAUUUAAGUCUUUGACCGAAAUGAAGCUAAGUGGUUGCCUAUUACUAAAACAUGUGCCCAACAUGUCUGGUGCACCGAACUUGAAGAAACUACACCUUGAUUCCUGCAAGAAUUUAGUUUCAAUCCAUGAUUCAGUUGGAUUCCUUACCAAACUUAAAAAUGUGAAUCUUACCCAUUGUUGCAGUCUAAGGGAUCUUCCUCGUGGCAUCAACUUAACUUCUCUUAAAACCAUGUCCCUUGGAUACUGUCUGAGUCUGAAGAAUUUCCCAGAAAUUUUAGGGAAGAUGGAAAACAUAAACUACCUAUGUUUGAGUGGUACUGGCAUAAGAGAAUUGCCUGUUUCAAUUGGAAAUCUUGUUGGCCUCACAAUCCUGUCAGUGGAUGAUUGCAGAAGGCUGCAAGAAUUACCGAGUAAUAUUUUUAUGCUGCCAAAACUAAACACUUUUUUAGCAACCGCUUGUAAGAUGCUUGCAAAAAUAAAGAGCCAAGGUCAAGAGCAAGAAAUUGUAUCUUCAAAUGUGAGGAAUGUCACUCUUUGUUCGGUUGGAAGAGAUCGUAAUUGGUAUUUGAUGGAUGAAUUUGUCGCUACGCUUCUUCCUCGCUUGCACCUUGUGACAUGUUUAUUCCUUAAUCAUACCAAUAUCACAACCCUUCCAGCUUGCAUCAAUGCAUGUCGCUCUUUGACCAAACUUUAUUUGGAUGAAUGCAAUGAACUUAGAGAAAUUAGAGGCCUACCAUCAAAUAUACAAUAUCUUUCAGCGGUGAAUUGUACAUCGUUGACUUCCCAGUCUAAGGAAAUGCUACUGAAUCAGGCACUGUACAAGACUAGGAGCACAUACUUUUGUUUUCCAGGAUCAACUAUCCGAUGUUUGUCCAAUCACUGUAGCAAGGGACCAUCCUUGUCUUUCUGGUUUCGGAACAAAUUUCCUGCAAUUACUCUCUAUGUUGUUGGAGUUUCAGGUGUUUUUCUUCGCUAUGAAUUUGACUUGAUCAUUAAUAGCAGCCAACGUUUCCCGAAUUUUGUCCAUGUUAGGUCCCCGAGUUUGUUUCAGGCAAAUCAUAUAAUGUUGUUCGAUUUACGUCUUGAAAUUGGCACUGGUAAAUUUGAAAAGAUGUAUAUUGAGAAUGGAUGGAACCAUGCAGAGAUUUUGUUGGUGAGUGGUGGAGGUAGAGCAAAUAUGAAAUGCAUGGGAGUUCAUGUGAAAGAACAAAAGACAAGCAUGGAAGAUAUUCGAUUUACACUCGGGGGUCAAUGUUUCAAGCUGCGAAAGAUCGUGGACAAAAUUGUUGUGGCAAUGUGGUUAGGGAAACUUUCCAAACGAUGA